UGUAUUUUGAAUGUCUUUAUGUUUGCUGUAUAUGUUGUGUUCAUUGAGUUUGCGUUUCAAUUGAAUAUACAUUUGAAUCACUCAUACAUUCAUUCAUUGAAAUUUCAAAAUCAUUGCUUUGUUUUGGUUUUUGUUGUGUUUUUGUUUUGUUUGACUCUUCAGUAGACUCUCUCUCUCUCUCUCACUCUUCGCUCUUAUUGUUUGUGGUUAUUGUCUUCGCUGUGAUAGUUGUAGUAGUAGUCGGUGUUAUUGUUGUUGUUGUUGUGAUGGCAAACAACAUGUGCUUCACUAUUAUUAUUAUUACCACAACAACAACUACUACUACUGUUUGCUGACACAGACAUCUGAUCCACUAAUCAGUCGAUUACUAUCAUUACAUCGACGACAAGGACGAAGACCACUGUGACUGAAGAAGAUAUAUCACUCACACACACACACACACACASACAUAUGUCCGCACAGUUCUCGCCAAUAAUGUCUUCGUCAUCAUCUGCAUCGGCGGCCGCGGCGGCGGCUAAACGCAAACGACCCCAUCCUCUUGUAUUGAACUCUGUUAGCGGUUCUUAUGAGGACAAGAGCAACGACUUUUUGUGUCCGCUGUGCUUUGAGAUCAUCGAAGAGGCCAAUGUCACCAAAUGUGGCCAUACUUUCUGUUUUAAAUGUAUCCAAAUGUCUUUAGAGCGGAGCAACAGAUGUCCAAAAUGUAAUUUCAUUGUCGAACAGGUGUUUCCCAACUUCUUGUUAAAUGAAUUGAUUACAAAACACCAUAAACUGUUGCUCCAGAGGAAGAUCGAUGCGGGAAAAAACAAUCCUCGAGAGAUGCAUGAAUUACAGGAACUGCUUCUCCAUAAAUCGGAUCAAUUGGAUUUGUCUGAUGUAAACCUAUUGCUCGAUUCAUUAGCUCAACGAAAGUUACUCUUAGAGGCCAGUAAUAAAGCCAUCGAAAUAGAUCUACUAAAAGAAUUUCUAGUACAAGUACGCAACCAUAAACAGGAACAAUUGGAUCAAUUGACAAGAGAGAUGAGUCUUAUUGAUGAAGAUUGUCGACGAAUUGAUGAAAUGAUUGCCAACGAAGCGCAAAACAAGUUGACCGUCAAUAACAACAACAACAAUAUUAAUAACAAAUGCGGUGAUAGUAAUAGUGAUAAUCAGUGUAACUCAAUAAACCACAACAACAACGCCGCCAAUGACACCGAUAAUGCCGACUCGAGUUCGCUAAUCGAUCGGGACGUGUGGCCAUCGCCCGAACCGUGCAGCAGCAGCAGUGCUACAGCAUCAUUUCCGAGCAGCGGUGAAGGACUACUGGACAACAAUAUCAGUACCGGUUCGGCGGCAGCAGUCGCUACCAGUUCGGUGGCAGCGUCGUCUUCGUCGGCGGCAGCGUUCAACAAGAAUACUCUGACCACAAACUAUGUCAAACAACCAUUGCUGGUGUCCUCACUCGGUAGUCGGCGAAAGAAAAUGCAUUUUCAUUUCGACGACUUAGAGGAAUGCUAUUUUACAACACGUGCCAAAUCUUUAAUGCUCUCGUCAUCCACAGAUGACACGUCCAUCGACGGUCUGAAUGAAUUUAGCGAUACGCUCAACAAGUUUACAUCGUUUUCAUCCCUACGACCGCUGGCCACUCUAUGCUACGCUAGCGAUAUGUUUACUUCAUCAUCGAUAGUAUCGUCCAUUGAAUUUGAUAAAGACAGCGAAUAUUUUGCCAUCGCUGGUGUUACGAAAAAAAUCAAAGUCUUCGAGUACGCCACUGUUGUCAAAGACACACUGGACAUACACUAUCCGAUCAAUGAGAUGGAGUGUACGUCGAAGAUCAGUUGUGUUAGUUGGAGUUCCUAUUACAAGGCUAUUAUGGCCAGCAGUGACUACGAAGGAACCGUUACCAUUUGGGAUGCCUAUACCGGUCAGAAAAUGCGUACAUUUCAGGAACAUGAGAAACGAUGCUGGAGUGUUGACUUUAAUAAAGUCGAUACGAAGAUGGUUGCUUCGGGAUCAGAUGAUGCCAAAGUCAAACUAUGGGCUACUAAUAUGGAAAAUUCGGUUACAACUCUCGAAGCCAAAGCCAAUGUAUGUUCAGUUAAGUUUAAUCCGUGCAGUCGUUAUCAUCUGGCGUUCGGUUCGGCCGAUCAUUGUGUACACUAUUAUGACAUCCGAAAUACAAAGAAUCCGCUGAUGGUAUUCAAAGGUCACAAGAAAGCCGUAAGUUAUGUGAAAUUUUUGAAUAAAGAAGAAAUCGUGUCCGCGUCGACUGAUUCCCAAUUGAAACUCUGGAGUACGUCGAAGACACCGACUGUCCGAUCGUUUAAAGGUCAUAUUAAUGAGAAAAAUUUUGUCGGCUUAGCCACCGAUGGCGACUUUAUUGCCUGCGGUUCCGAAAAUAAUGCACUGUUUGUCUACUAUAAGGGUUUAAGUAAACAAGUGCUGACUUUCUGGUUUGAUUCGGUCCGUGUUUUUGACAAGGAUAAGAGAGAGGACGACACCAGUGAUUUUGUCUCAGCCGUGUGCUGGCGCUCCGGCAGCAACUGUGUAGUGGCCGCCAAUAGUCAGGGAACCAUAAAGAUCCUGGAGCUCGUAUGACUAUAUAUACUGUAUAUAUAUAGACCAUUGACUGACUGGCCAAUCAUUUAUUUAAAACAACAAUUUUUUUAGUGCCGUAACCACACACACAAAAAUUGGGUAUCAUUUUAUUAACAUUCAUUAAAUUCACCGAAAAUAAAAUAAUAUUAUUAAUUAUA